CGAGCCUUCAUCGUUCGCCCCAUCCCCACCCCCCUCCAUACGAGUAUAAAAACGGUUUGCGGACUCGGCGCCGGUGUUUCUAUGACACGGUGUAUAUUUGAUCUAUCUGUCUACACCGCGCCACUUUGCUCAGCUCACGGUUUGUUUAUAUAUCGGAGACAGCAUUAAUGAGAUUCUAUUAUUCGACUUAUCCUUCCAUAAUUACCGAGUUGUUUGAGAGAUAAUUAGCAGCUGAGGCGAGGCAGCGGGGCCAUUUGAGGCUAGGAGACGAGCGCGCGACACCUACUUUCACAUCAGACUCGAAACCCAUUCGACCAAUACACCAGGGCACUCGAUACGCUCUUGCGAUGUACGCGAAUAACUCCACAGCCGGUGCUGACCUCAUGGCCGUAUGUCGAGAGAACACCAAGCCCGAAUACAUCGUUAAUACAAUCUUUUUGGUGUUUAUUAUGGGCGCUACACUGUUUGGAAAUGGCCUCGUAGUGGCAGCGGUUUACAUGUUUGCACGAUUGCGGAGAAUGUCUAAUUACUUUAUAGUUUCUCUAGCGGUGAGCGAUCUUCUCCUGGCGCUGGCUUCAUUACCUCUUCGUAUCGACCAGUCCUACCAUAACAACAACUGGUGCAGAGAUCUAUCAACUUGUACCUACUGGAUCGCAACCGAUGGCAUCUGGGCCAGCGCGAGUAUUUGCCACCUAGCCGUGAUUUCGAUUGACCGAUUUCUCGCGGUCACUAAACCGUUCGCGUACCAAGAGCUAAUGACCAAGACGCUAGGCUUUACUCUGUUGGGCUUCGUCUGGGUAUACGCCUGUCUUUGGGGUCUUCUUGGGUUGUUCAACUGGACCGACCCGGGUACACCAUCAAUAUACACCGGCGUUUAUCCGACGGGAGAGCGGUUCUGUACAAAGAACGACAAGUGGUACUACACUGUGGCUUUAGCCGUGGCGUUCUUCCUGCCUUUGCUUAUCGUGAUAGUGACCUACGCGUGCGUUUUCAAUGUCGCGCUCAACCAAGCGCGUGCCAUGUCUCUAGCUGAUCCGAACAAACGCGGCCAUAAACGCAUCGUCCGCGAACUCAAAGCGACCAAAACUAUCGCUAUCGUGAUUGGCGCAUUCGUCGUCUGUUGGCUACCCUUCUUUAUCAUCGUAGUUCUCUCCUUGUGGUGCAAGCCUGAGGAUUGCUUUGCCGCGUUCCAAAAGUACCCGAAGUUCUCGCUGGCGAUUCGUAUCCCAUUUGUGUUCGUUCUGCCGAUGGUGAACUCGUGCAUUAAUCCUGUUAUUUACGCCGUUUACAACAAAGAGUUUCGCAUGUCUUUCAGUGUUAUGCUAUUGAGGAAGAAGCGGGGCCGGCGCUCGCCUGAUUACUUGGAGGAACUUAGCGUAACGGAGCAUUCUAAUAUGCGGCGCUCGAUCAUAGACGAUCGAGUCACCCACCCUAUGAACGGCGCAAAGGGGACAUAAAAGAGCUAAGAAGAUGGUGCACGAUCGUGCUACUACCCAAAGUACGCGGCGUGAUAAUUCCAUCACGCGACGAAGAGCGGGGAGAUGACAGAGUCCUGGAGCAAAUACUAGGCUGAGAUAUCCCCUUAGAUGCAAUCAAACAAAAACAUGGAUGGUUAUCAAGCCUUGUCGCUCGCAGAACGAACGCUACUAGGUUCCUAUGGAUACUAAAGCGAAUCAAGGAUUUGCUUACUGAAAUUCAAAGUGGUGUGCCUCGUCACAGAAAACUUUGACAGUCUCAUCACGGUUAAAAUGCCUACAAUCUAAUUUAACUUUCAUGCGGUUUUACGCUUAGCAUUUUACCAAACCGCGGCUGUUAAAACGAUCACGUCGGAGUCGGGGGUUUAAAGAGGGGCUGAGUUUUAGGGUUCGUCUAAACUAAGAUACGCAGGAACUUCGCUUUGUUUACGAACUGGCUAAUAACCCUUCACUCCGGUUCGGAACAGUUUGAGCAUCCGAAGUCUGCAAUAGUUAAGGAACCCAUCUAUCACGAAAGCCAGUGAAACACAAACUAUGCGGCUUCGUAAAAACUGUAUGUGUUGCCUUAUAUUAUAUUGUAUAGUCCAGCACAGAUGAUGUCGGUAGGAAUUAACGCAAAAGGACUGAAAAACAAACAGAAACUUAUUGUAAUGAAAGAUGUAUAGAGAUGUAGGAUUUUAUUAGGUGAGCUAGCAAUCAAAACUGAUUUUCCAAUCUUUGCUCAGAAAAUUGAAUGGAGUACGAACAAUCAUGCGGGUUAAGCAAUCGCCGGGGAUUAAGGCACAGGGAGUUCUUUUAACUGGUGCGGUUCUGGGUUCAGUAAUUUAGUAAAGGUUCAUUUGUGUGCGCUAUUUACAGAGCAUUUGAAAUGAGUUUCGGGUGUCAGAUUGUGGCUUGUUCCUCGUCUUACUAAUUCCCUUUGAUCGUUAGACUACUAAUAAAAAACCGCACGCCUACUGGGAGAAGGCUUUCUUUAUCAGGGGACUCCCGUCGACAACUACCCCAAGUUUAGAGACCUAUGCUAUGAAAUAUGAAAUACAGAGCGUUCAAAUGACACCCCAAAAGUGAGAUUUACUGAUUUCUUUAAUAGCACCCACAAAUGCGUAACUUAGAUGCUGUAAUGGUCGCAUGUUAGUGUCAUACUAAACGGGCUAGGUAGAUUUCACCUGUUGUUUUUGCUUAAACGAAAUCCAAACCUAUUUUCGUUUCGCCCGGAGCGUGAAAAUAUUGUUUUUCUUUUCAAAAUGUCGUAUCCUGUUUGCUCUACUCGAUAAUCGUUAUAAACGCGAGAGAAACUUUACUCGGAAACUUUACUGUAAACUACUCUAAAAUAUUUAUAUUUUCCAAACGUCGCGCCAUUACCCCGGGCCAUUUAGUAGCACAUCGGGAUCAGAAUAUUAAUCAUUUAUCCAGAUGUCUUGCGCUCCGAAAUACCACUAUUAGGGAAAUACAUUUCUUUUGGCACUCGUCGGAAAUCUACCAAACGUAAUUGUCAAUCUUCAAUGUCCAAAUUUUCUUUGAGGAUUACAAUCAAGAUAAAAAAGGAAUUUACUAACUAAACCGAAAUAAAAAUAUUGAUGCUAGGA